AUGCAUAUAUCAUAUGAAUAUGUAAAUAAUUUUGUUUCAGUGGCGGCGUUAUGGAACUUCAUUACCUGAAAUGGACUUCAGGAUCCAUGGUUUUGGGGAAGAAAGACUUAAUCCGAAGGGAUGGUGGUACAGGUUUUAACUUGUCUUCCCUGUGCACUAGCUCUGCUCAUCAUCAAUUUUUGCAUGAAGAUAGAGCAGGAGGAGUAAGAUGCAGAAGAGGGAAAAGAUUUAUAGUUGCAACAGGGCCUGCCAUAGAGGCUCCUCAAUAUAUCGCCACUGAACCAUUGACAAAAGAUGAUCUUGUUAACUACUUUGUAUCUGGUUGCAAACCCAAGGAAAAGUGGAGAAUAGGCACUGAGCAUGAGAAAUUUGGCUUUGAGUUUGAAACUCUGCGUCCAAUCAAAUACAAACAAAUAUCAGCUUUGCUCAAUGGCAUUGCAGCAAGGUUUGAUUGGGAUAAAAUAAUGGAAGGUUACAACAUCAUAGGGCUAAAAAAUGGCAAGCAAAGUAUAUCAUUAGAGCCUGGUGGUCAAAUUGAACUUAGUGGUAUGCCACUCAAAACAUUGCAUCAAACUUAUGAUGAGAUUAAUUCACACCUCCUUCAGGUUAAAACUGUAGCAGAGGAAAUGGGAAUUGGAUUUUUGGGAUUAGGUUUUGAGCCUAAAUGGAGACAGGAAGACAUACCUCGAGUGCCAAAGGUACGGUAUAAAGUUCUGCAAAACUACUUCCAUAAAUUUGGCUUACCUAGAGUUGAUGACUCCUUGUUAAGAACAUGUUCUGUUCAGGUGAACCUGGACUUCAGUUCUGAAUCAGACAUGGUCAACAAAAUGCGUGCCAGUAUUGCUUUGCAGCCUUUAGCAGCAGCAUUAUUGGCAAACUCACCUUUCAUGGAAGGAGUUCCAAAUGGUUACCUCACCAUAAGAAGCCAUACAGUGGAUCAGGUUGACAAACGUCGCACUGGCAUGCUACCCUUUGUUUUUUAUGACACUUUUGGGUUUGAGCAGUUUGUUGAUUAUGCUCUUGAUGUGCCAAUGAUCUUUGUUUAUCGAAAAAAUAAGUAUAUCGAUUGUGGUGGCAUGUCAUUCCGGGACUUCAUGGCUGGUAAACUCCCUGCCAUGCCAGGUCAAAUGCCAACACUGAGUGACUGGGAAAAUCAUCUGACAACCAUAUUUCCUGAGGUCAGGCUCAAGAAAUACAUGGAAAUGAGGGGUGCUGAUGGUGGCCCUUUGAACAUGUUAUGUGCUCUGCCAGCUUUUUGGGUAGGCCUACUAUAUGAUGAAGUUUCACUUCAUAAUGUUCUAGAUAUGAUUGCUGAUUGGACCACUGAAGACAGACAAUAUUUGAGGAAUAAGGUUCCUAUGACUGGUUUGAGGACUCCAUUUCAAGGUAGAUUGCUGCAGGAUGUUGCUGAAGAUGUGUUGAAGUGGGCAAAGGAUGGCUUGGACAGAAGACGCUUAAAUGAAUCCAAUUUUCUUGAUCCAUUGAUGGAAGUGGUUAGGACAGGUCUGACACCAGCUGACAAGCUUUUGGAGAUGUAUAAUAACAAGUGGAGCAGCAACAUAGAUUCUCUGUUCAGAGAGAACUGCUACUAAGCUGAAUUUGAUGCUUAUUGCAAAGUGUUGUAAAUAUUUACAUAACAAUCUUCUACCAGAGUGUUUGUAAUAUAUCUCUUGUGAUAACGUCAACCAUUUUAUAUACUAGCGCAUAGUAUUCCUCUCUCAUUUGGUGUGCAACUAUUCAUACUA